UACUUAGCCACAACGUCGUCGCGCUCGUCAAAAGCGCAAAACCCUCGCACGACAUGACCUCCAGCGGCGGCGCACCAAACCGAUGGCGGCUGCCUCCUCCUCUACCGCCGCCGCUCCCAAGGGGGGGGGGCUACCGGUGCUAUUUGUGCGGUAAGUGGUGGCCAACAGUCCCGACCCUCGGAGGUCACAUGUCAUCUCGCCGCUGCGCCAACAAGCACCGCCGCCGCCAAGAGGACGCGCCGGUGGGGGCAUGGCUAUUGGCUCCGAACCGCUUCUUCUGGGAGGAGUACCGCCAUGAAGAGCGCCCUCCGGUGGAGAUAAACUUCCUUGGGAUUUUGGAGAGCCGGUCAUGGAGGGCGCCAGCGCCACAGCCGGUCAUGGACCAUGAGGAUGCAGAGCCGCAUGUUAUCGACCUGACCUUGAGGCUCUGAUCAGUCCUUGCAAGGCGCGUAUUGCUGGUUGCUGCCUAGUUGGAUCGGAUUAGACAGCAAGAAAUAUUCAAACUUGGUUCGUGUCAGCGUUUGCUAUGUUUAAGCUAUAUCUUACUGUGUUCUUCGCUAUUCAGAUGAAUAUUGUCCAUGUCUAAG